CCAUCUUCUUCAACUGUUCCCCACCACUCAUCUGUGAUUAUUGCAAGAAAAAUCUUCUCCACCACCGCCACUAACAAGAUGAAGAGCGCCACAAAUGCAGAAUCCAGAAGCCGAGUAAGAUCGUAAACCUGUAGAUUCUCUAAUUUCUUCACGAACAUGGCUUGUGGCGUUGUUUCCAUGACGAUCGUACCUCUAAGUUCAAGUUCAAGUUACAGCUCCUGCUUAUCGUAUGUUCGGAAGCGUCCUUUGCUCCGUAGUCUUUCCGUUGGAGUUCACUGCUCAAGUAUUAGCCGAGAUUUGUCUCUAACCACCGAGAGGCUAGGAAAUGGUGAUGCUAUGACUGGAGGAGCUUUUGAUUUUUAUAAAGCAACUACAUCUCUUACUGAAAGGUCGAUCUCCACAUCAAAGAAGGUCACUCUUGUAAGGCAUGGUCUUAGCACUUGGAAUGAAGAAAGUAGAGUUCAGGGAAGCUCGGACUUAUCUCUCUUAACAGAAACUGGAGUGCUGCAAGCAGAAAAAUGUAGAAGAGCCUUGGCAAACAUAAAUUUUGAUAGAUGUUUUGCAAGUCCAAUAUCACGCGCCAAGUCAACUGCUGAAGUUUUAUGGCAAGGAAGGGAAGAAGAACUGGUUUUUCUUGAUUCUCUGAAGGAAGCCCAUCUGUUUUUUCUUGAAGGCAUGAAAAAUGUGGAUGCUAAGAAGAUUUAUCCAAAGGAGUACACAACAUGGCGAGAAGAUCCUGCUAAAUUUUGCGUAAAUGGCGUCUACCCUCUUCGAAAAAUUUGGGUAACAGCAAGAGAAGCUUGGAGGGAAAUCUUGUUAUCACCUGGAGAGAAUUUUGUGGUGGUCACUCACAAAUCUAUAUUGCGGGCACUCAUCUGCACAGCCUUGGGGCUUGGCCCUGAGAGGUUCCGAUCGGUCGAGAUAAACAAUGGCGGGAUAUCGGUAUUCAAGUUCAACGAGAAAGGAGAGGCAAUGCUUCAAUCUUUGAAUAUGACAGCACACAUGUACAGCGAUCACACCUAUUUAUACUAAAACUAGGAAGUUUGUAGAAAUUAGGAGAAUGAUACUGUAUUGUUUUCUUUCUUUUUUUUUUAUAAAGAUGAUAAUUUGCAUAAUGAAUCUCAGGCUUGUUUUGUGAGCAA